AUGGCGUCGGAGAACUCGUUCAUAGACUUCCAAUUCAGCAAAAACGUCACAAAAAAUUUUGACCAGAACAGACGCUUUUUCUUGCCCCGUCUUCGCUGCACAGAUUUUCUGCCCAACAUGAGAAAAGUUGAAGGAUUUGAUCAAGAUACAAAACUAAAGAUUCGACAGAAAGCAGACGGGUCUCUGUCACGUGAGGCAAAUGAGUUAUUUUUGGAUACACUGAGAAACAGCAAUCAACAAGGAAAAUGGUUUCUAUUUAUAGGAACGUUGACCAAGCUCGGUUACGAGCUGCUUAGGGACAUUCUGACCUCUGAAGAUCCAGACAUUGCUGAAAUCGAGCGCAUUGAGAGAUUCCUGGAAUAUUUAACGCCUGUGAUAAAAACGAAGGUUGCUCCAAUUCGACUUCUGUCUGCCCUUGUCAGAAAUGGGUAUUUAGAUCGUCAUGACAAAGAAAACAUUGAGCGUGUUUGUAAUAAUCAAGGCGAUAUAGCGGGUACGGAACUAUUGCUGAGUCGUGUCCAGCGAUUGAAAAUAGAUGCGUGUUCUGGCCUUCGGGAUGCCUUUCUAGAAAACAACAUGGAAGGUGUUAUUGAGCAGAUGAGUCAGUCCUACGCAGAAAGAUCUCGGUCACCAACGCUGUGCGAAGCAAAGAAUCUGACGCUAAUCGAUUACCAACAAGAACUGUAUUCUGUCGUGCCAAGAGACAAGAACACGGUGAUUCUGUGUCCAGCGAAAAGCGGAAAACGUUUUGUGGCUCUGAAAGCCAUCAAGGAACAUUUAUCCCUAGCCGGCAACCCGGAUGGAAAGGUUGCAUAUCUGGUGACAAGGUCAUUCUUGGCGGAGAAAGUUUUCCGAAGAUGUCAAGUCUUUCUCAGCGACAUUCCUUCUGCUAAAAUGGCAACACUUUCGCCUGGUGACCGUUCAUCCAAAUCUUUUAAAGAAAAAAGCGUACUGAUCGCUAAGGCGAAACGGUUUGAAAAUGAGCUGAAUGAAGAGUUGGUUAAAUGGACAGAUUUCUCCUUAGUGAUUUUGGAAUUAGGAGUCGACUACUACGAAAAACGAAACCACGUAUAUAAGGAAAUCAUGAAAAAGUAUCACCAGCUGAGACAGUCCUUACAGCAAGCCCAACAUUUGCCUCAGAUACUCGUAUUGUCGACGUCAAUCUGUGGGGAAUCCUUUUUGGAGGACCUCUUUCGUACAGCAAUGGAAACCUGUGCAACCUUCGAUAUUCAUGCUGUUGCUCUGGUUCGAAAGUGCGUAAAUUCUUUACGACAGCAAGUCUCCAUUCCCCUUAUGGAAAGUACAAGAGCACCGCAAAAACAGGACCGCGGUUUUGACAGCCUGAUUCACGAGCUUAUCUCUCGUGUAGAAGGGGACAUGAAGAAAGUCUAUCAGUCCAACAAAAUGCCUGCUGGUCCAGACCAUUCCGGAACCAGAAUGGCUGAACUGAUAUCUCCUCCCACAGGUAGAACCUCGGUGAAGUACAUGACAUGGCUGAAAACGAACAAAUCAACACUUGGAUAUGCAUCAAAGGCAAAAGGCUGUAAACACGCUGGAUUCUUUUUGAACUGUUUGAAACUAGCCACGAUUUAUCAGGCUGGCUUGUUCAUCAACGCUGAGUGUCGGAGGUUCGAUGCUUUGAAUUAUAUGAGGAAAAAAUUGAAGCAGUUAGAGGAGAAUGUUGCUGAUUCUAAAGACAGGAUUUUGAUUGGUUUAUUUCGGGACUUCUACGACAAAGAGAAGCGUCUCAAACGCAUCUGCUCACCAAAUGAGGAAGAUACUACUGCAUUUGCUGUGAAGACCAAACUAGCAGCAAUAUACCAAGGGAAUCACAGGUACAAAGCGGCAGUUCUGGUGAAGCGCGCGGAGGUGACUUUGUACAUCAUGUUCUACUUGAGGAAAAAACUGCCACACGUCAAGUUCGAGUGUGUUGUAGGGCAUCAUCAGGAAUACUCUGUGGAGAUUGAGCGGCUUUCUAAGACGGGGUUCCAUGUGUUGAUUACUACCUGGCCAAUCCUCGCCUUUCACCUUGGUAAAGAGACGGGCACCUGGGACUAUAUAAUAAGGACGGACUGUCCGGGCCAUGACGUAAUCACAUGGACACAUCAAGUGCCAUCUGAUGAAAGACAGCCAGUGAGUCGGUUUGCUUUUCCUGAUACAGAAUCACAGAGUCCAGUGGAUCUGCUGAUGGAGUCAUCCAUCGAGAAAGUUACUCUGGAAAUAGCACAACAGCAGAAAGAUUUCAGCGAGCUCUACCAGGGCCUCCUGAAUGACGUCCGAAUUGCUUCAUCGGAACGGGAGUUAUGGAGUCGCUCUACGCGCAGCUUUACGAAGUUGUGUGACGAAAUGGUGGGUGAAUUCUUCUGCACUGGCUGCGGCGCCUUUGUCUGUAACAGAGGGUAUGUGCGAAAUUUGGAUGACCUCUGGUUAGGCUUAGAUCCGGGCCUCAUCCACAGGCUUAGCACAGUAAGACAUCCCUUACAAAUUGUUUUCAGCAAUGGUUACGCCAAACUUGGCCGGUUCGUUUGCAAAGAUUGUGGGCAGAAAUGGGGUAUCAUCGCACACGUGCUGGGAAAGCCGCAUCUGGCCUUUGCAAAAGAGGGCCUUGACUAUCUCAUUGAUGGUCGCUACCAGAAGUACAGCUGGAAAUGGAAAUACGCCAAUAUUAGUGUGGAGGAAUUCAAAUAUAACCGGGACUUAGGACGUUGUUUGCCGUCCUCUUUUUGUGUUGAAGGCGAAACUAUCACUCAGCUUCAAAUGCGAUUGCCAGAACCUGACGAGGAAUAAACAGUACAGCAAAGGAAGCAGCCAGCCGAUGCUUGACUAUUCUUGAAAGAAGUUAGUCUCCAUUUCGUGAUUGUUUUUUUUUUUCCAGAAAUUUCUAAUGCCUUCAACUUCAUGGCAGAACAGAAAACCUCUGUGAUUCGUUACCAUGACCACGAUAUCCACGAUAUUCCGGGGUUUUUUUGUGUCAAAUGAAGUGUAACAAACAUUUGACACUUUUAAACAGAUAGCAGCCUCUCCUUAAAUAAUUCCGCCUGUAUACAUGUACAGGAAUGGCAUGUGUGAAAUGUCACUAUUUUUUUGGCUUGAUUGUGAAUACAGGAUUACUGUAUUACUUAUUUAUAAUUACAUAACCCUUUAUAUACUGUUACACUGAGAUAAUACAACUGUGAGAGAAAAAACGUGCACA